GUCAGACUCCCACCCAGAGCCCAGCAACCAUGGUGGACCCAGAUGGAGGACAGCGCCCUGGCCCAGGUCGUGACUCUGACAACGGCCCCAUCAGUGGCUGCUGUAUUGAGGUGGCCACACACCGCACUUCCCAGCCUUCGUCCCUGCUGGUGCUCUCAUCCCAAGCCUGGCCUCCCUCAGCCUCAGUAAAACAGGGGCAACACUGGGUGCGUAGAAUGUGGGGCUGCUGAGAGGCCACGUGAGCAAUGCACAUGAACUGCUUAGUGGAGGACCCAGCAUACAGUAGGUGCUCAAUAACAGAGGCUACAAAUACAAGCAUCCUUUGUGUUGGAGUCUCAUCCAUCCUGAAGACAGAGAGAUGGUGCAUUCCAUUAUUUCAACAGAUUUUAUUUGACAAGAGGGCAACAGAAGCAGAGUUGGUAGGGGGGAGAAACAAUCUUGCCUGCUAGGCAGGAAAACCAGCUCUUUACCAAGACCCUGGGAUCAUGACCUGAAGGUGGAAGCAGACACCGAGGACUGAGCCACGCAGGCGUCCCAGAGGCCUUUACACCAGCUUUUCCUCUGACGCUUUCCAGCACGUGCAUUCCCUGCAGACACAUGUGGAUGGUGGAUGGCGGCGGUCAUGCACGGCGGGGCGAAGGCAUGAAGCCUAAGGCAGGCCCCGGUGAGGAGAUGGACUCCAGGAGCUCCCAGCCAGGGGAGCAAGACGUGACAGAGGCAGGGGCUGCCCAGGAACUUCGGUGGGUGGAGCUGGGCUCCGAGGGCUCCGAGGAGGCCCUGGGAGCCCGGACAGAAGGUCCCAGGGCCCCGCAAGCCGGGGGGCGCCUGCUGCAAGCCGUGUGGUGGGGUCAUCUGGGCCUGGCAACAAAGCUACUGCGUCAAGGGGCCAGUGUGGAGGAGAGGGACCACACGGGCAGGACCCCGCUCCACCUGGCCGUGCUGCGCGGCCACGUGCCCCUGGUGCGUCUCCUGCUGCGGCGCGGGGCGGCGGUGGCAGCUGCCGACCGAGCGGGGCGCACACCGCUCCACGAGGCCGCCUGGCACGGGCACUCGCGGGUGGCCGAGCUCCUUCUGCGGCGCGGGGCCCCCGCGGCGGCGCGCUCGGGGGCCGGCCUCACGCCACUGCACUGGGCCGCGGCGCUGGGCCGCACGCUGCUGGCGGGGCGCCUACUGGACGCGUCGGGACCGGGCCCCGCGGCGGCGGACGCGCGCGGCUGGACGGCGGCGCACUGGGCGGCCGCGGGCGGCCGGCUGCCGGUGCUGGAGCUGCUGGCGGCGGAGGGCGCGGGCCUGGACGGGGCCCUGACCGUGGCGGCCGCGGCCGGGCGCACGGCUGCGCUCCGCCUCCUCCUGGCGCGCGGGGCACGGGUGGACGCCCGGGACGGCGUGGGGACCGCAGCGCUCGGCGUAGCGGCGAGCCUGGGCCGCAGGCAGGACAUGGAGGUGCUGCUUGACCACGGGGCAGACCCCAACCUCAAGGACAGGCACAGUCGCUCUGCACUCCACAGGGCUGCUGCCGGGGGACACCUGCCCGCUGUCCAGCUGCUAGCAGCCUGGGGAGCAGGGGUGGAUGCUCGCGACUCGCUGGGCCUCACACCCCUACACCAUGCUGCUCGGGGAGGCCACACAGAGGUCGCCAGCCACCUCCUAGACAGGGGAGCGCAGGUCAAUGCUGCUGGAUGGCUCCACAACACCCCCCUUCACCUUGCCCUGGAGCAUGGCCACGGCCCCACUGCAGAGCUUUUGCUGAGCCGAGGAGCUAGCCCCACCCUGAGGACACGAUGGGGUGAAGUGGUCCAGGACCUGCUGUCUGAGGGGGCCUGCCCCAGGCACUGCCCACCCUUUGCAGAGAGCAGGAGUGGGAGGGGCACAGAGCCCCAGAGGCCCCGAGCUGGACAGAAGUCUUCCGGCUCCCACAGUCUUCGGUGUGCACCAGUUCCUCUCUUUUGGACCGAGCCUGCCUGCCUCCCUAAGGGGAGGACAGCAGAGAGGUUCCCAGAAGAGAAGGGGGGCAGUGACUUGAGCUCCACUAAUGGAUCUGGGACUGCUCCGCAGCCCCCUGGGAUCACGUCUCCCCUGCAGCUGCAGCCUCCUCCACACUCUGCUUUAGCAGAGACUGAGUCGUGGCAACAGAUUUGACUGAAACCUGACAGUCUCCCGUGUCCACCAUGGGGUUGUCACCCUCAGCUGUUCUCGCUGUGACAUGGGGACGUUCUUACUGUGUUUCCUUCAUUAUAUCUGGUAUUUGCCUGUUGACACCCA